GCAACGCUUCAAACAACCUGAGGUGGGCUGAAGCUAUAGGUUAGCUCAUCAAGACUGUUUUAAUCGUUCAGAAACUACUGUAAUUUUAUAAAUAAUGGAACGAGAACUGAACGAAGAGGAACUACAGGACCUGUUUGCGUGGAUAGAUAAGAUACCGCUGUCCCGGCCCAAAAGACACAUCACAAGAGACUUCAGCGACGCAGUGAUGGCUGCUGAGGUGGUAAAAUAUUUCUUCCCCAAGCUUGUUGAUCUGCACAACUAUGUUUCUGCAAACUCCACACAGCAGAAGCUCAGCAACUGGAACCUGCUCAACAGGAAGGUAUUUUCCAAGCUGGACUUCCAUGUGCCUGAGGAGACACUGAAGAAAAUUGCACAGAGCACCACAGGAGCAAUAGUGCCUGUCCUGAGCACCCUCAGGGAGAAGAUAGAAAAGAAACUGGAGUACACCACCAACAACAUACUGGAUAUGGAGUAUUAUGACACCAGGAACCAGGAGAAACCUCAUGAAGAAAUUCAACAGACUGAGAUAAGACUUCUAACUCAGCUGGAGGAAUUGAAAAAAGAUGAAAAGAACAGGCAAAAAAACAGUAAAGUGGAGCGUGCAGUAAAGUUUUAUUCAGACAUGGAUCCUGCUUUCCAACAAAUGCUGAAGGAAAAAGAAAAAGCAAUUAUGUCUUUGAUGGAGUCUGUGGAGAUCCUCCAGAUGAAAGUGAACAAGCUGGAACAUCUGGUUCACUUGAAGGAUGUCCGUAUUCAAGAUCUGACACAGCAUCUGGAGACGUACAAAGCAAGAGGCAACACACACUGAAGCAGCUGUGAAACUAUACAGACAGAGAAAUGUCUGUAGCAGUUCUGAUAUGUAAACCUGUAUUUUGUAAAAAAGAAAUAUUAGUUAAGGCAAAUGAUCAUCUUAUCUAAUCCCACCAGCUAAAACUGUCACAUCUGUUGAAAUGCACAAGGGAGAUUCCAGAUGUGAACUUUUUAAAUCCUUGUUUUGAAAAAGAAAAAAAUGGAAUUUUAUCCCAGAACAUAAAAUGUACACACUUCAGGAUGCAGAAAUGUCUCUUUUUCUUUCUUUAAUAACAUGAUCCACAGCCUUAUAUCUAGAAUCUUCUGUGUUUAUGCUUCAUGACCCUUUUAUAUGAAAUCAUGACUUGUUGAAUGUAAAUAGUUGCUUCUUUGUGAAAGGUAUCUCUGGGCUUUUUUUAACAGCCCAUAAUUUCUGACUGUCAGCUUCUAAAUAAAGCCACAAAUCCCCAUUCA